AUUUAUGGUGACACUGCUAAAAUACAUGAAAUCGCACAAAAUAGCAAGGAAAAUUUUGGUAAAACGUUAGAUAAUAUUAAUGCUACUAUGUCUUCAUUAAAGAUAUUACAAAGAAAUGAAAAAGAUUUUCCCAAUAAGGGAUAUUACAAAAGCUUUCGUAAUUUCAUUCAAGUUUCAGAUAAAAUAAGAUUAUUUGUAGAUACGGUAGCACAACGUAGCGCAUUUUUUAAAUAUAUUAAUGCUUACAACAUUAAAAAUAAAUAUAAAAAACUAUAUCAGGAAUUAACUAUUGAAACAUUGAAAGAUAAUUCUCAAGCAUUAGAAGACAUACAAAUUAAAUCAAAAUUACUAGGAGAACAACAAGAAGGGUUUAAAAAUCAAAUUGAUAUUAUCUUGCAAGAAAUUUUAAUUAUAAAAAAUCAAGUUGGCAUAAAUUCAAUAAAUCAGAACUAA